CAGGAAGUAUGCGUAGUACGUGCCAGUUUGAAGCCUGAGCUUUCCUGUGCAUUGACCUUGCCUCAUCCUAUGGCUCCUGCAGGUUAGCUCUUGAAAUAACAUAGAAAUCUCCCUUACAAACGCCAUAAUCAGAUUGGCAUCAGAAGUAUGGGGCUAAAGAACUUAUGGAAGAACUACAAAGUGUUGAUUGUAAUGGGAACGGGUCUUGGACUGGUACAUUGGGGCUGGUAUAACAUGAAGUCGAGUCCGAUCUUCCACCCAGAACGUGAAGCUGUUGUUCCAGUACCGGGCAUUGUUGGACAUGUUCUGGACAGUGACAGAGCAACAAAAGCAAAAUAG